AGAAUACCUUUAUACAAAAGGUACAAUUAACUCAUCAAAAACUGUACUUAAAGAAAAUCAAAUUACAAUGCUAAAUAUGGGCAUUUCAAGGUGCUCAUCAUCAAAACUUGUAAUAUUAUUGUUUUCAUUCCUACUCUCCAAUAUUUCAAUGGCAACCUCAGUUCCUGAAGACUUUAUCCCAUGUCUUCUAAGCCAUGCCAAUCCUUCCCAUCCGAUCUCACCAGCAAUCUUUUCUCCAACCAAUUCUUCCUACUCCUCCGUUCUCCAAUCCUACAUUCGAAACCUCCGGUUCAACGAGACCACCACACGAAAACCAUUCCUCAUCAUCACAGCAUUGCAUGAAUCCCAUGUCCAAGCCUCCAUCAUCUGUGCUCAGAAGCACAACCUGCAGAUGAAGAUCAGAAGCGGAGGACACGACUACGAAGGAGUUUCGUACGUGGCCGAAGUCCCGUUCUUCAUCCUCGACAUGUUCAAUCUCAGAUCCGUCAACGUCGAUAUCGAAUCCGAGACUGCAUGGGUUCAAGCUGGGGCUACUCUGGGCGAAGUGUACUACAGAAUAGCUGAGAAAAGCAAAAUACACGGUUUCCCAGCAGGAGUUUGUCCGACGGUCGGUGUAGGAGGACAUUUCAGCGGCGGCGGAUAUGGAAACUUGAUGAGGAAGUAUGGUCUUUCUGUCGACCAAAUAGUGGAUGCUCAGCUGGUUGAUGUCCAUGGCCGUCUUCUCGACCGAAAAUCCAUGGGAGAAGAUCUUUUCUGGGCCAUUACUGGUGGUGGUGGAGCGAGUUUCGGAGUCGUUCUCGCCUACAAGAUUAAUCUCGUCCGCGUUCCCGAAAUUGUUAGUGUUUUCCGGGUUCCAAGAACUUUGGAACAGAACGCAACAGAUAUUGUUUACCAUUAUUUGCAAGUGGCGGAUAAGCUUGACGAAGACUUGUUCGUCAGGCUUACCUUAGAUGUAGUGACAAACAAUCAAACGGGAAAGAAAACAGUAAGAGCUUCAUUCAUAGCCAUGUUUCUUGGAGACUCGGAGAGAUUACUUUCGGUGGUGAACAAGAGCUUCCCACAACUGGGUUUGAAUAAAUCGGACAUAAUUGAAAUGAGCUGGGUUCAAUCCGUUCUUUUCUGGACGAGUUUCCCACUUGGAACUCCCGAGAAUGCUUUGCUUUCUCGAACCCCACAAGUUCUUACCCAUCUCAAAAGAAAAUCAGACUACUUGAAAAAACCAAUCCCAAAAGAUGGUUUGGAAUUUAUUUGGAAGAGAAUGAUCGAAUUGGAAACACCCAUGUUGACAUUCAAUCCGUAUGGUGGGAAAAUGGCUGAGAUAUCUCCUACUGCUACUCCGUUUCCUCAUAGAGCUGGUAAUUUGGCGAAGAUUCAGUAUGCAACGAACUGGGAUGCUUCAGGAACUAAAGCAGCGAACCAUUAUAUUGAUCUGACAAGGAAGCUUUAUGAGUAUAUGACUCCCUUUGUGUCUAAGAAUCCCAGGGAGGCGUUUUUCAACUAUAAAGAUUUGGAUUUGGGAAUCAAUCAUAAUGGUGAUGAGAGCUAUGUGGAAGGAAGGGUUUAUGGGAUUAAAUAUUUUAAAGGUAAUUUCAAUAGGUUGGUGGACAUCAAGACUAGAGUUGAUCCUGGUAAUUUCUUUAGGAAUGAACAAAGUAUUCCUACCCUUCCUAAGUAAGAGAAAGGUUUUAAAUACAGGGAAAAGAACUAUUAUUUGUCAUGUUAUAUAUCAGAACUAUUAUUUGUCAUGUUAUAUAUCAGUUUAUUGGUUUCAUCAUGUAGUGGUAUUUUGAUUUCAUUGUAUUUAUAUAUAUAUAUAUAUAUAUAUAUAUGUAUAUAAUUAUUAUUUGUCAUGUUAUAUAUCAAUUUAUUGGUUUCAUCA